AAAGUUUCUACUUUUAGAGGGGAGUGAGGGGCACGCGCUUCAAAGGGUAGAAGAAGAAGAGCAGUGGCAACCGCAUAUUUUGGUGAUCAUGAAUUCUGGUGACUUGCCAAACCUCUCCAAUUAUAGCAAAACAAAGCACUCCCUUGUCAUGUUAUCUCUCACCCCAAUUUGACCUCUCUUUCUCUGUCUUUCCUAGCUACCUACUAGCUGCCCUCUCACUCUAACUUUAUCUACAGUGUUAACUUGAGUUCUCUUUUCCUGGAAAAGAAAAUCUGAUGAUCUGAUCUUCUCUUUAAGCAUAUUUCAGAUAUCAAUUACCAAUAACUGCGUUUCUUGCAGACUGCACUCAUUUUUUAACCAGAAUCUUGUGUUCUCCCUUUCAAGUUUUAUUUUUUUUUUACAACUUUCGUUAAUUAUACUAUCAAUUUCAAAACCCUCUCUCACUGGGAGCCCAUGCAAUUUCUUGCUUUCUGAUCCCCUUUUUGGUUAUUCUUGUGUUCCAUUUUCACAAGAGAUUCCCAUUCUUGAAGAGGCAAAGAGGAUAACAACAAGGUUUCAUCACUUUUCCAUUUCAAGGCCUGCUCACCUGAACAACAAGGAACUGUUGCCUCUCUCUCUCUAGGGUUCGUCCUCAAGUCAUCACGUUCCUCAAAGUAAGCAACAAGGGGAAAUUUAGAAACUGUAGUAAGACACCCACAAAGAAGAGCUGCAGCCUACAGCAAAGCAAAUCUCUUACCAGGAUCCAGAUAGAGACAGCAGUAAAACCCUAAUCCCAUCUCCCAUAUCAUCUUUUUUACAUGGAUUUGGCGUCUUCUUCAUCAAACCCAACACUUCCAUCCCCAGUAAUGGGUGGCUCGAUCACUUCCUCCAACACUCCCACUACACCAACUGCAACGCUUUCCCCAUCUUCCACUCCGAGUCGCUAUGAGAACCAGAAGCGCAGAGACUGGAAUACUUUCUGUCAGUAUCUUAGGAAUCACAGGCCCCCUCUUUCGCUUCCCAUGUGCAGUGGUUCCCAUGUUCUUGAGUUUCUUACGUACCUCGAUCAAUUCGGCAAGACUAAAGUCCACAAUCAAACUUGUCCAUUUUUUGGCCUUCCUAAUCCACCAGCACCUUGUCCAUGCCCUCUCCGCCAGGCUUGGGGAAGCCUUGAUGCACUGAUUGGAAGACUCAGAGCAGCCUAUGAGGAGCAUGGAGGGAGGCCUGAAGGCAACCCAUUUGGUGCAAGAACAGUGAGGAUUUACUUGAGGGAGGUUAGGGAUUUUCAGGCAAAAGCAAGGGGAGUUAGCUAUGAGAAGAAGCGAAAAAGGCCUAAACCAAAAGCAAAACCAACACCACAAGAAGCACCACCACCUGAUUCAGGUGCAGGCUAGUGAAAGAACAAGAACAAGCCUGAACAUUGAAGCUAUAUAUAUGAUGUGGGCUCAGUGCAGCUUUAUCCAUAUAUGGGUAUUAUUUUUCUACUCUUCCUUUUUUUUUAUUCUAUAAAGAGAUGGCUAUAUAAUGAAGUUUGCUUUAUGUUUGGAUUUGUGGGUACCAUUUGAACUACUCUUUAAGAGACAAUCGGACUGGCAAUGAGCUAGUACAAGUAGUAGUGCUUGCGUAAUAGUGAAUCUAGUGACUAAAUUAUGUGCAGACAUGAAAUUUGUCCUUUGAACAUAUAAUCUAAGUGCUUGUUAGAUGUA